CUAACCUAGGCGUGUUUCAAGCGCGGCGUACGCGCGGGCCUAGUAGGUUACACGCCUCGCUGCCGCUAAGAUGCCAGUGCACUGCUGCGUCCCACUCUGCAAUCAACGUGGAGUUACUGACAGCGAUGGAAACAAGGUGUCCUUCCAUCGCUUUCCACGUGAUCCUGCAACCUACAAGAAGUGGAUUAUUGCCAUAAAGAGGGACGAAGGCACUCACUUUCAAGUUACCAAGUCAACGAAGGUCUGCUCCAAGCAUUUUAAGGAAUGUGACUAUAUCCCUGGUGUAGCAAGUGCCUACGGGCUUCUGAGAGACACAGCAGUGCCAUCGGUAUUCAGUUUCGCUAAAGAGAUAAAAGUGCGAAAGCCUCCGAAACAACGUGCACAACAGAUGACGAACACAGCUGCAAAGAGACCACGUCAGGCACCGUCUUCACAGGGACCAGACAGCAGCAACGAGGAUACUGCGCUGGAAGAGGCAGCCGUGUGCAGCGACAGCAGAAUGGAGGCAGAACAAGCAUCAGUAGUGCCAAACAGUGAAAUUGUGGUCACUGGAGGGGAGGUUAAGCGUCUGUUGGGAAUCAUUUCAGAGCAAAGGGCUGAACUUUCAAAGCUAAGAGAUGAGUGUCCUUAUCUCAAGGAGCAGUUGGAGACUGCAAGAGCAGCUAUUCGAAAACUCCAAGUAGAAAAUCAGAAUCUCAUCGAUGAGCUUGAAGCAGAAAAAGAGAGGACGUCUGCCUUUUGUAUUGACAGAUUCAAGGGAUCAGAUGAGGCUGUGCUAUUUUAUACAGGCUUGCCUGGGUAUGAACAUUUUUUGGCUUUGAUGAACUUUCUCAAUCCAGGACACAAUGGAUGCAAUGUUUUGCGCACAGAGAAUGAUUCUAGAAGAUCGGCGAAAGGCCGAAGGAGAAAACUUUCCAUGGAGAAUGAACUCUUUUUAGUUUUGGUGAGAUUGCGCCACGCCUUUGUGUCAGACCUGUACACAGGAUCGAUAUCCGACAGGGAGUGUGUCAUUCAAAGUGAAUUCCUCAACUUGAAUUUUGAAGGUGGUGAUUCUGUGAUGGCAGACAAGGGAUUCCGUAUCGAGGAUCUUUUAGAAAAGAAGGCCUUUUUUCAUCCAGUAUUUUACACCAACUCGCCCACAUCAAGCUCCUUGUAA